GGUUCCCGGUGCGCCGCCAUGGACGACUUGAUCCUCAACGUGGAUUUCGCCGCCCCGGAGCGCCGCCCGAAGAAGGAGCCGGGGAACCGAAAGCACCAGAGCUUCGUGCGGCGGCGGCGGGAGCUGGAGCGCCGCGGGGUCCUGCGGCAGAAGCAGCUCCCGGCCGCACCGGGCGGGCCCCGGCGGGCCCCGGGGUCGGGGGCGAAGCCGCGCCCGGGCCGGCCCCGGCCGUGCCCCGGAGAGAACGGCGGCGACGCCGCCGCCCCGCGGUGCCCCCCGCUCUCCCAGAACGGCAGCGACGCCGCCGCUAAGAGCGAGGGGAAGGCUCGGGGGGCGGCUCGGGGCUCCGCCGGAGCGCCCCCGGCAUCCCAGAGCGGCCCCGCCGCCGCUCGGAAGGCUCGGGGGGCGGCUCGGGGGGCGGCUCGGGGGGCGGCUCGGGGCACCCCCAAGAGCGGCGGCGCCCCCCCGGCGCCCCCCAAGCUGGUGGCCAUGGACUGUGAGAUGGUGGGCACGGGGCCCGGCGGGCGCACCAGCGCCCUGGCCCGCUGCAGCAUCGUCACCUACGGCGGGGACGUGCUGUACGACCGCUACGUGCGGCCCGAGGCGCCCGUCGUGGACUACCGGACCCGCUGGAGCGGCAUCCGCCGGCAGCACAUGGACACAGCCGUGCCCUUCCGCACGGCGCAGCGGGAGGUUCUGAGGAUCCUGGCUGGGAAGGUGGUGGUGGGCCACGCCAUCCACAACGACUUCAAGGCGCUGCGGUACUGCCACCCCAGGGCUCUGACGCGGGACACGUCGCAGAUCCCGCUGCUGAACCGCCGCGCGGGCUUCCCCGCCAACGUGGCCGUGUCCCUGAAGCGCCUGGCCAAGGCCCUGCUCAACCAGGACAUCCAGGUGGGGAGAAGUGGCCACUCCUCGGUGGAAGAUGCCCGAGCCACCAUGGAGCUCUACAAGGUGGUGGAGGAGGAGUGGGAGCAGCACCUGCAGCAGAACCCGGAGCAGAAGUGACACCCUGGGGGGCUCAGAGUGACACCCCCAGCCCGGACCUGCCUCUGGGGGGUCCCACAGUGACACCCCCAGCCCGGUCCUGCCUUUGGGGGGACCCAAAGUGAUGUUCCAACCCGGUCCUGCCUUUGGGGGGGCUCAGAGUGACACCCCCAGCCUGGUCCUGCCUUUGGGGAGACCCAAAGUAAUGCCUCCAACCCGGUCCUGCCUUUGGGGGGGCUCAGAGUGACACCCCCAGCCUGGCCCUGCCUCUGGGGGGGUCCUACAGUGACACCCCCAGCCUGGUCUUGUCUCUGGGGGGGUCCCACAGUGACACCCCCAGCCCGGCCCUGCCUCUGGGGGGGUCCCACAGUGACACCCCCAGCUUGAUCCUGCCUUUGGGGGGACCCAAAGUAAUGCCUCCAGCCCGGCCCUGCCUCUGGGGGGGCUCAGAGUGACACCCCCAGCCCGGCCCUGCCUCUGGGGGGGCUCAGAGUGACACCCCCAGCUUGAUCCUGCCUUUGGGGGGACCCAAAGUGAUGUUUCCAACUUGGUCCUGCCUUUGGGGGGGCUCAGAGUGACACCCCCACCCCGGACCUGCCUCUGGGGGGUCCCACAGUGACACCCCCAGCCCGGUCCUGCCUUUGGGGGGUCCCACAGUGACACCCCCAGCCCGGUCCUGCCUCUGGGGGGGUCCCACAGUGACACCCCCAGCCCGGUCCUGCCUCUGGGGGGGUCCCACAGUGACACCCCCAGCCCGGCCCUGCCUUUGGGGGGUCCCAGAGUGACACCCCCAGCCCGGCCCUGCCUUUGGGGGGUCCCAGAGUGACACCCCCAGCCCGGCCCUGCCUUUGGGGGGUCCCACAGUGACACCCCCAGCCCACUCCUGCCUCUGGGGGGUCCCACAGUGACACCCCCAGCCCGGCCCUGCCUUUGGGGGGUCCCAGAGUGACACCCCCAGCCCGGCCCUGCCUUUGGGGGGUCCCAGAGUGACACCCCCAGCCCGGCCCUGCCUUUGGGGGGUCCCACAGUGACACCCCCAGCCCACUCCUGCCUCUGGGGGGUCCCACAGUGACACCCCCAGCCCGGCCCUGCCCCUCGAGGCUCCCGGGAGCGCUGAGGAGCUGCCGUGUCGGUGGCUGAGGAGGAGCCAGGUGCGAUGUCCCUCCCUGGUGUCCUUGUGCCGCUGCUGUUCCGCCCUGCUGCCCCCAGGACGUGCCGGGGGGGGGUCGGUGCCUUCCCCCCAGAGGGGUCUCUGGGAUUCUGCACCCCCCGAACGCUUCGGGGCUGCUGCUGCUCCUGAUCCGGGAGUGACCCUGGGGCGCCCUGAGCACAGUCCCCAUCCCCGGGGCGCUGGGGAUGGAGCGGGCUCCUCCCUCCUCCCAAAACUACCUCCGUCAGCGCCGGGAGCUGCCCCGGGACUGCGGGCGGGAUUCAGAUCCCUCCGCAAAGUCCCCGCUCCGCUCUGGGAGCUGCUUUACUCGGUGGUGAAGUUCCACCUUCCUCACUGUGCGAGCGGCGGGACAAAGCCGGGCACGGCGAGCAGCAUCGCCCUGCCCGAGCCCCCCGCGCUGCCCCGGGACCACCCUGGGGGUCCCGCGGGCGAGUCCCCCCCGUGCUGGCCCGGGGACACCCCCGGAGGGCAGCCGUACCCUGGAGGUGCCCGAGCCUUGACGGGAACUGCUUUGAACUGAAAGGUUUAUGUGCAAAAUCCUAAUUAAAAAGAAAUGAUUGAA